CUCUCUAGUUAACUGUGAGGGACCGAGACCUGCCAGAGGUGGCCCGCAACAUGCAAAAGGAUGACCGGUCCGGGGACGACAGCCAGCGGGAAAGUGCGUCUGAUGAGUCAUCUGACUCCCCAGAACCAGGGCCCGUCACCUGCAUGGAGCCCUUUAUGGUACGGAGGCUCUCCUGCCGGACAGUUCAGCUACCCCCCCUGGCCUUUAGACAGGCUGAACAGUACUACUGCGACCGAAAGCCCGAGCCGGACACAGUCACCGUCCCACCUCGGCCCACAACACUGCCAUUACGAGCACCGCCACUCAUCGCCAUCACCUCUGCUGACACCACCAGGUAGGAGGAUGUUGACAAGUGGGCCUCAAACAACUACAUGGCAUAGAA